CUGUUUUUUGUGCCUUUUGCUUAAUGUCUAUUUUGUAAUGUUGUGAAACGUAAUUUAUGUAUAAUGUGCUUCUUUCCUGAAUGCGAUGAGGAUAUGUAUAUGUAUUUGUUUUUUUCCUCUAACAUGGUUUUCUAAGCUUAUCGUGCAGCAUAAAUAAUUCAUAAAAUUUUCCCUCCAAACCAAUUGAGACAUUUUGCGCGCCACUUUCUCAUCAACUAGCAUGCUAUUGCUGAUAUGAGGUAACCUCACACCGCCUGCUUUUUACUUGGAGACUUUCCAUGGAGACUUUGUCCAUUGUCCAUCUGCGGCGCCGCGUCCACAUUCACGCUCUUUUCCGCGCUUUUCUUUCAAUUUCAAACACUCUCAGCCGACACUCAGCGUCGCGUCGUCGAUGAGAACACAUUUAAUCAAAACAAAAACCAUGAAAUAAUCUCUCUCACGCUUAAACGCAAAUUUAUUCACUAUCUCUAGAAGGAAAUUUUGGGAGUUUUGUUUGUGUGGCUUAAGUGUCAAAGUCAGCUGUUUUUUGUUCGCAAAAUUCGCGAUCCCGGUGAUAUGAAACCACAGAUCAACGUCUUCGAUGCUGACGAAAGCGACAAGAAGAGCACGGUGCUGGAGAGCAACACAAACACGGCGCAAGAUGACGACUUUGAGCUGUGGGAUCAACACAGCGAGAUGCUGCGGGAGCAACAGGGCCCAAUGUGGGGCCAUAACUCCUGGUGCAAGCCCUCAUGCAUCCCAAUAUCAGUAAUUCUUAUACUCAUCGUAUUAGUGGUGCUAUUGCCAUUGCUAGAUCAUUCUAAUGAAAAAUCCGCCAGCCGCCUCAACGACUCAUCCUUUCUCUGCCAGGAUACUUGCAACAUUCAACUGGUGGAGAGUAUUCCCGAAGGUCUUACGUAUCCGGCAGGCAGUGCAUCUUUUAUGAGUACAUUUGAUGCCUGGCAGAGUCUUCUGAGUCUGGCCAACAGAACCAUCGACAUUGCGAGUUUCUACUGGACCCUACGCAGUGCCGAUGUGUUCAAUCACUCGUCCUCAUGGCAGGGCGAACAAAUCUUCCAGCAGCUCUUGGUGGCCGGCACCAAGCGCAGCAUUGCCAUUCGCGUUGCCCAAAGCUCUCCAACUCAGGCUCAACCCAACAUUGACACUGAGAUAUUGAUCAAGCGAGGAGCUGCUCAGGUGCGUUCAGUGAAUUUUCCACGGCUCCUGGGCGGUGGAGUACUCCACACGAAAUUGUGGAUUGUUGAUGGACAGCAUCUAUACUUAGGAAGCGCCAAUAUGGACUGGAGGUCCUUGACACAGGUCAAAGAAUUGGGUGUCCUCGUGACGAACUGCACGUGUUUGGCCACAGACAUGGCGAAAAUCUUCAAUGUGUAUUGGGACAUGGGAGAGGAUAGUGCGCAAAUACCUGACAAAUGGCCAGAUUCGUAUGCCACCAAAUACAAUUUCGACACGCCGCUUCGCAUGAAUUUCAACAAUUCCCAAUUUAGCUCAAAUAUUUUCUUCUCGAGUUCACCACCACCAAUGAGUCCUUCUGGUCGUGAGGAGGAUGUCGAUGCCAUUGUUAAAAUAAUCGCACAUGCCGAAAAGUUCAUCCAUGUCGCAGUUAUGGACUACUUCCCGCUCACAAUUUACACGCCAAAAAUACAAUUUUGGCCGCAGAUAGAUAAUGCUUUGCGCAAGGCAGCCAUUGAAAAUAAAGUUUCUGUGAAACUGCUUAUAUCAUGGUGGAAUAAUUCCCGUCCUGCUGAAGAUUACUUCCUGCGUUCUCUAGAAGACAUCUCUAAUACCUAUCAGAAUGUUGACAUUCAGAUCAAACGCUUCAUUGUGCCAUCGUCCGAAGAUCAGGCAAGAAUUCCUUUUGCUCGUGUCAAUCACAACAAAUACAUGGUCACGGACAAUGUGGCCUUUGUGGGCACAUCCAAUUGGUCCGGAGACUACUUCAUAGACACCGCAGGAAUUGGCUUUGUCCUGAUGGAUUCCUCAAAUGAGCACACCAAUGGCAAUGAGAGCGAGAGCUUGAGACUCAAUUUAGCAGCAAUAUUCGACAGGGACUGGAAUAGUCCCUAUGCUGUGGACUUAAUUAAGUGACCUUCCUAAAAUAUUCCCUGAGAAUAAUACAGCUUAAUAUCCUCCACAAAGAUUAAAAAAAAAACGAUAUAUCCAACGAUUUAAGAACGAUUUCGACACGAUUUAGUGGUUAGAAUAGUUAGAAUAAUUGUAUAAAUUGAGCGUGUUUUGAAUUUUAAAAUAAUCCUUUUAUCCGAAAACCCUUUAAGAAAAAAAAAACUCAAACACCUUUUUUACCUUUUUGCACUCGUUAUCAACAAAUUAUUGAUAUUUUAUCCUUCUCUUUUUUGUCCCUCUCUGCUGUAAAAAUGCUGAUUUUAAUAAAAGAGACACAAAAUGAAA